AUGGCAACGGUACUAAAGAGAAUAUUUGGCUCUAUCAUAUCAUCCAUUGCGUACUUCUCUUACCUUGACUACCCGGAUCACCAUUACAAAAGCAACAGCCACUUCGAGAAAAUCAAACACAACAUGCCAAAGGGUCGGCCCCUUUCGUUGCAGACUGUGGAGCUCAAAGUCAGGAUGUGCUGCACUGGCUGUGAGAGGGUUGUCAAAAAUGCCAUUUUCAAGCUCAGAGGGAUCGAUUCCGUGGACGUAGACCUACCGAUGGAAAAGGUGACGGUAAUCGGUUACGUUGAUCGCAACAAAGUUCUCAAGGCAGUGAGGAGGGCUGGAAAGAGGGCAGAGUUCUGGCCCUACCCCAACCCUCCUUUGUACUUCACAUCAUCCGGUGACUAUUUCAAGGACACAAUCAAUGAGUUCAAAGAGAGCUACAACUACUAUAGGCAUGGCUACAAUGUUGGGGACAAACAUGGGACAAUUCCAGUGACUCAAAGGGGGGAUGACAAAGUUAGCAACAUGUUCAAUGAUGAUAAUGUUAAUGCUUGUUGCCUCAUGUGA